AUGAGUACUAAUACUAAUGAUAUUCUUAUUCCUAAAAAAGGAAACACUUUUUCUACUUUUGGAGAAGCUUGUGCCUUUGUAGAAAAGUAUGCAGCACAAACCAAUAUUGUUACAAUUUUGGGAAGGACAACCAAAAAUUCAGAAGGUAAUAGUUAUAGACAGGCAUUUUUCAUUUGCGAGAAACAGAGGAGCUAUAAUGGAAAAAAUGAGGCAUAUACUACUAAGCGAAUAGGUUGUCAGUUUGUUAUCAGAUUAAAUUAUCGUAAGCGCUCAAAAGAAUUCGCUAUAACCAAAUUAUGCUUGGAGCAUAAUCAUGUUAUUUAUCCUAAUACUAGAAAGUUCAGUAUCAAUAUGCGUAAAAUGGAUCAGAAUGAGCUAGGCACGAUUGAAGAUCUUCACAAUAAGGGACUUCGAACAAAAGACAUUUAUACUAUUUUAGCAUCCAUGAGCUCGAAGUAUAUACAUAAACGUGAUGUUUAUAAUGCUGUUGAUCGUCAACGUCAGCAAAAAUUGCAAGGGCUAAAUGAAAUUGAGAUGCUGCUUAAAACUUUAGAACAUGAUGAAAAUAUUAUUGCAAGUAUUGCUACUAAACCUGUGUAUAACGAUGAGCGUGAUCAAGAUGGAUCAUUUAUCCAAGCAAUCUUCUGA